AUGAAGACAAUUGAAGGACAGAUAGAAGAGAGAGGCCACUGGGGCAGUAAUGCAGAGUUUAUUUUAGCUGUGGCCGGAAAUGUGGUUGGACUGGGUAACGUGUGGAGGUUUCCUUACCUGUGCUACAAAUAUGGAGGAGGUAUAUUUCUGAUACCCUACCUCAUGUUUGUGGCUACGUGUGGAGUACCUCUGUUCCUGCUAGAGACAGCAAUGGGACAGUACACACAGGAAGGAGGCAUUACAUGCUGGAGUCGUCUCUGUCCACUGGCUGAGGGAAUCGGCUAUGCAGGACAGCUCAUUCAGGUGUAUGGCUGCAUGUAUUACAUCAUUAUUCUGGCUUGGGCACUCUUCUACCUCAUCUUCUCUUUCCGUUCCCAACUUCCAUGGGCCAGUUGUGAUAAUAUAUGGAACACAGACAACUGUGUAAAUCUUGCAGCAAAGAAUCUGACCAUCAGAUGGACAACACUGAUUAACUCAACGUCUGCCGCUACUGAGUUCUGGGAACGAAGAGUGCUGGCUCUCUCUGGGGGUAUUGAAGAGGUCGGUGAGAUAAACUGGGAGAUUCUUCUGUGUCUUGUUGCGAUGGGGAUCGUAUGUUAUUUCUGCAUCUGGAAAGGAGUCAAAUCUACAGGCAAGGUAGUGUAUUUCACAGCUACAUUUCCUUACGUGAUGUUGCUGGUCUUGCUGUUUCGUGGGUUGACUCUUCCUGGAGCUCUGCAGGGGGUUGUGUUUUACCUGUACCCUGAACCGUCCCUUCUUACUGACCCACAGGUUUGGAUGGAGACCGGAGCUCAGAUUGUUUUCUCCUACAGUUUGUCUGUUGGUGCUCUCACUGUAUUGAGCAGUUACAAUAAAUACAACAACAACUGCUACAGGGACUGCUUUUGGCUUUGCCUUCUGAACAGUGUCACCAGUUUGGUGGCUGGUUUUGCUGUGUUCUCGGUGCUGGGCUUCAUGGCCCAUAAACAGGGAGUCCCCAUCGAAGAGGUGGCAGAAUCAGGUCCAGGACUAGCAUUCAUAGCUUAUCCACAGGCAGUAGCCAUGAUGCCUUUCCCUCAGCUGUGGGCUGUUUGUUUCUUCAUCAUGAUUAUUUUGCUCGGGCUGGAUACACAUUUUGUUGCAAUGGAAGCUGUCGUUACAUCAGUGACGGACCUGUUCCCCGCGGUGCUGCGCAGAGCGGGACGGCGUGAAAUAUUCCUCCUGUUCUUCUGCAUCGCAUGCUUCAUGGGGCAACUCUUCAUGGUUUCAGAGGGGGGGGGGGUGUAUGUAUUCCAGUUAUUUGACAACUAUGCCUGCAGUGGAGCCUGUCUUCUGUUUCUGUCCGUGUUUGAGUCUCUGGCCAUGGGUUGGAUCUUCGGAGCAGAGAGAAUGUUUGACACCAUUGAAGACAUGACAAACUCACGACCAAACUACAUAUUCAUGUUGUGCUGGAAAUACCUGACUCCUCUUGUGUCCAUGCUGACUUUCGUCUGUUCUGUGGUGGAGUACCAGCCCCUGACUUUCAACCGUUGGUAUAUGUACCCGGACUGGGCGUAUACACUAGGCUGGUUACUGGCCCUGUCCUCCAUUCUGCUGGUGCCUGGAUGGGCGAUGGGCCGACUGUUAGCUGGGAAAGGAAGCCUGAAACAGCGUUGGCUUCACCUGUGUAACCCAGACACAAACCUUCUCCUCAGCAACAAGCAACGAAAUGUAAUGAAGGAAACGUAUUCCACCACAGAGAUGAAAGACUUGGUCAGAAUGAAUGUAGAGGAAUGUGAAAAUGGACAGUGA